GCGGACAGUCGCCCACACUAACCGGCUCUCCAGCAGCAGGUUUAUCUCCUCUCAUCCCCCCAUCCCGGUACCGGCUGUUCCCUCUCGUACCUUCUCAAUCUCACACAUGCUGGAGAAAGAUGCCGUAGUGCUCCACUUUCUUUGCCUUCCAGGAUCCGUUUCUAUCUCCUCUUUCUUCCUGGAUCUUUGUCUCCGGCUGCGGCUGCGUAAAGCCCCGGUGAGUCCCGAGCGCUGCUGCUCUUAUCUUUGCCUGUAUCUUUUCUCUCUCCUUUUUUUCUCUUCUUGUUAUUGACCACCGAGCAGAUCGGGAUCCGUGGCUUUGUUCGGAGAGGAUAACGGAGCAGGGAGCUGUUUUUGCAGUUCCUUCACCAUGUUUCCGUCUCCUCCCCAGCAGCAGCGACAGCAGCAGAUGCACUGGGCGACGCAGCUAAUAGCAGUAUAUUCCCACAGUGGUCACAGCCUGAUGCUGAAAUCCCUACAUUCAUGAGAAGGCAAAAGAAAGCAGAUUAGUGAGGGAUUAAAUGCACGCACAUGCGUGCAUGUGCACUCGCGGGGGGGAAUCCACGGUCCAGGAUUUGACUUCAUUCCAUCUUUGGAUGCUAUGAAUGAACUUGUCUGACUGGCUGAAACCCCUUCUGUUAUCAUGGAAGAAGAGGAGGAGCCAACAGAGGCUCAUUGAAACCUCAUGACGCCGCCUCCCUUCACCUCCCUCACCAUCAGGAGCUCUGACUGCUCUGCGAGAAUAACAGGCUUGUGACAAACAGCAGAGUCUGCAGAACGGGAGAGGAGUGCACAGCCAAUCAUCCCCCACUGCUGCUGUCCCAUGAUGUGUCAACACUUGUAGGAGCAGUAACAGCCUCACAUAGGGUUGUCUCUAUGGAUACCCCUGCUCUGGGAUGUACUGUUAAUAUUCAAGAAUACUCUGGAUAUCUGGCAGACCAGAAUGAUGCUCAUGCAGCAGAGUACAACAUAAAAACAAAAACAUCAUCACAAGAGAAGGAGAUGUCAAAAGAAAACGACUAUUUUUAAACUUAUGCUGCAUAUGCUUUACCAGGAUGUUUAAACACUCACACUGACCAAACCAAACAUUAGAUUUCUUUACGUUGUGAGAUUCCUUUCUUUUGGCUCUGACUUACACAUUAAAAACAUUGGUGCAAAAAUGUUUUACCCAUUAUUUUCACAUUCUUGUUAACAUGGGCAACAGAUGCCUAAGUUAAAAUCUGAUUUGUCGGAAAUUGCCCCAAGUAGCACCCAAUAAAGAGAUAAUUAUGCACAAAGGAACUUCCACUUGCACCUAGAGGAAAUCACUUCUUUUCUUUCUAAAAUAGCUCACAUUUCAUCACAUGCCUUUCUGGUGUGAUAAACCCUUUUCAACUUCUGCAGGCACUUGAAAUUGGCACCACUUUCCCCUAAGACUAAGUAGUUUGAGCCGUGAGAUUAGAGAGCAGGCAACUAUAUAUGCUACACCUUUCUAAGGAAAAAUCAGGUCUGCAGCCUACUGGCCAGCAAGAUGUAACAUGUUCAGCGAAAAUAAAUUUGAAUAAACGUAUUGCUUCAUAGCAGGAAUAUAUCAAUCAUCAAUCCCUCAUUUGUUCAGUCUGAGCCGUCAUGGCCAGCCAGUGCACCCCCCUCUUUCUCGAAGGCUUUGAACUCAGCGGCCACUUUGUUGACCCCCGGCCUCUUGGCGCAGGGGUUACCGGUCUGGUAUUGUCAGCUGUUGACCAGCGUACCGGACAUCGUGUAGCUAUUAAAAAGCUAGUGAUGCGAGACUCUGUGACCGUGAAACACGCCCUACGAGAAGUCAAAAUCACCCACCGGCUGCACCACGAGAACGUAGUGAGGGUCCAUGAGGUUUUAGCGCCAUAUGGACGACCACUGCCCCGUGACCCAACCCAACUCAGCGCCCUGUACAUUGUCCAAGAGUGCAUGGAGACUGAUCUGGCUCGACUGCUGGACCGAGGACCACUACCCACAGGUCAUGCCACUCUGCUGUUCUACCAGCUGCUGAGGGGACUGAAGUUCAUCCACUCAGCCAACGUCCUGCACCGAGACCUGAAGCCCGCCAACAUUUUUAUCAAUACGGACCAACUGCUGCUCAAGAUAGGAGAUUUUGGGCUUGCCCGAAUAGUUGACCCUCACUAUUCUCAUGAGGGUUAUUUGUCGGAAGGUUUGGUAACUAAGUGGUAUUGCUCCCCCCGUCUGCUCCUGUCCCCCAACAAUUACACCAAGGCCAUAGACAUGUGGGCUGCUGGCUGCAUACUGGCUGAGAUGGUCAGCGGACGCACACUGUUUGCAGGAGCUCACGAGCUGGAGCAGAUGCAGCUGAUUCUCAACACAGUGCCCGUGCUAAGGGAGGAGGACAGGCAGGAUCUGCUACAGGUGAUGCCUUCGUAUGUCAGUCAUGGAUGGAGGGUCAAGAAACCCUUUUCUGAAUUGCUUCCUAAAGUGGAUGCUCAGGCUGUGGAUUUUCUCGAGCGUAUAUUGACCUUUAACCCCAUGGAUCGCCUGACGGCUGAAGCUGCCCUGUCCCACCCCUUCCUUCAGCAGUACUCCUGCCCUGAUGAUGAACCCACCUCUUUGCAACCGUUCCGCAUCGAGGAUGAGCUGGACAGCCUUCUCGCUGCACAGAGCCUCAGCAGCAGCAACAGUCAGGCCUCCAGCAUCCACUGGGACAGGUAUGAGAACAGUUUAUCCACAGAUACGUGCUGGCAAAAGUCAGUGGGGAGGUGUCGCUGCAUCCCUACCGGCCACAUUCCCUCUGAUCUGGGAGACACCACGGAGGACGAGGAGGUGCAGAGGGACCCGCGGGCCAGCUCAAGCUCCCUGACAGAGGAGGCUCAGGUUGACCCCCGCAAAUAUUCCCACAGCAGCUCAGCUGAACGUUUCCUGGAGAACUCUCACUCCUCUCUGGAAAGAGUCUGUGGUUUGGGAUAUGCAGAGCUCGACUGUGGCCACUCUUGCGAUUACAAAGUGGGAUCUCCUUCGUAUCUGGAUAAAAUAGCCUGGCGGGAGGGAAAACCUCAACACUACUCGGAGCCUAAACUGAUACUGGACCUGUCUCACUGGAAGCAUAACACCAGCAGCCUCCCAGUGCCUGCUGAGCCCACUGGUGGCAGCAUGGAGGACAUGGGAGAGAUGAAGGAGGAGGAAGCCGAAGCAGAAGAAGAAGAAGAAGAAGAGGGGACGGGGAAUUUGUUCCAGGAAAUUUCUCGCUGGGUGGAGAGCACUCAGUCUCGUCUGCACUCACCCAGUCCCAGUCCUUCUUUGGAGCGACGCUCCCCCUCCUGCUACGCCUUCUCCCCUCCUCUCCCUCUCUCCCCGACUGACCUCCAAGCACCAGUCUUCCGCUACAAAGAGGUUGUACAUCAGCCGUCGGCUGAAUAUGACGAGGACAGACUGAGUCCCUUUCCUCCCAUCAUGUCUUCUUCAAAUACCCUUCACUCCCUUCUCCCUUCCUCUCCGACAGCUCUUCUUCCUCCCCAGUCGCCUCAAACAAUGUCACCCCCCACCUCGCCACUUUUGCAACCCCAGGACUUUGAAUCCCUUUCUUCUUCCUCCCCCAUAUCACAGUCUGUGAACGCUGACUCCUUGGAGUCGCUGCCUGUGAAGCAAAAGGAGCGCCUGUUUGACUUGGAUGUGUUUAUAUCCCGAGCACUAAAACUGUGCCGGCAGAACAAGGAGAAAGCAAACGGCAAGAAAGGAAAAGAUGCAGGGUGGGUGGAAGAAAGCAAACAGCGAAAGGUACCAAGGCUUCCGGAGCACAGGACCCCUCCUCCACAGACUCCCAACUUUUGAUGCUGAGUUGGAACUUCAGUUUCAGCACAUAGUAGUGUAGCGCUCCCAAACGCUCAUAAAUGCAGUGAAAGACGCCCAUUGUGGUAUAUGCUGCAUCAACGUUUGACCGUAGCAGCUUUUGUAUUAUUGGCAGACAUGCGUUGUAACUAACCUUCACUGAAACAAGCAAUCAUGCAGCUUUGUCAUGAGAUGUUCUCAGGCAGUAAGAGGUCAAACUGGGCUAAAAUAGAAACAGCCACGCUUACCGCUGCAAAUACAGUAUCAAAGAUUUGUUCCUUGUGAGAACACAUAGAAAUAAUGAGCUAAUUAAUAGUUCUUUCUAUGUCAUUUGUAAAGGUCGGCAAGACUAGAUUGCAGCUUAUUCUGUAACACCUGUAACAUCCUAUUGAUGACGGCCUUCUGAAUGGGCACAUUGGAUGUGUUUUAGGCUUGCUUCACAUUUGUGUUUUUCUAUAUAGAUCCUUUUAUAUUCUUAAAAAUGUUCAGGUCUUCCAUUUGCAGUCCGUCUGUCCAUUUUAUACAUCUGCUUCAUCCUGGUCAGGGUUUCAGUGGUUCAACUGUCAUCAGAUGAGAGACAAGGUUCUGAUCUUGAUAUUCACCAGAGUUAUGAACGGGACAAAGAAUGUUUUCUUCUUUUCUUCAUUAUUCCAAGCAUCUCUGAAUGUAUGACCCUCAAGAAAGUAACCAGUCAACAAAUUGCAGCAUGGUAAACUAUAAGGACUUUAUUUAUUGCUGGUUUAAACUCCCACAACCACAAACUGAAUUUUGUCCCUUUAAAUGUGUAAAUUUGUUCUCACAUCUAGCAUACUGUAUAUCACUGGUUUUAGGAGGCUAUUCAAGAAGAUUGAGUUCUAUAGUUUGAAUGUGGAAUGCUCUGUAUUAGUAAUUUACGGUCCUUUUGGCAUUUCAACUCUGACGUUAGGUCAAUCUAUAAGUGGUUUGUUUACGACCUGAUGCCCCACACAAGCUCUUCAUUUGUUGUUGUAGAGAGCCACCUACGGUUACUUGAGUGCUAUAGCCACAGACGACUUUAAUGCAAACAAUAGUAGCUUAAGUUUUGGAGAAUGUAGAUUCUUUGUGACCAUUGCAGAAAAUCAUUUGAACUUUACACUUCUCAGUGCUGCCCUGUAAAUAUAUUAAUAUCUCUUUCCACACAUGCUUAAAAUGUUACAAACAACAUUUUGGCAACUGAUGCCUUUCAGCCAAGUAAAUCAAACUUGAUGAAAUAUCCUAUACAACAAGGUGUGCUGUAAAACAGAUGAAGAAUGUUGGCUUUCACUACAUAGUCGCUUAAUCAUCUGCAUUGAGCAUUAACUUCUGGAGCUAAGAAAUAUAAGGAACUUAUGGAAAUGGACAAAACUAAAUGCUCUCUGUAUCUGUCACCAUUCCUCUUUCAGUGUUUUGGAUGUUUUGCCAUGAAUUUACCAUCUACUGUAGCAGACUCUUAGCUGCAAAUUCAUUGGAUUCCAGCUGUAGGGAUAGCCAGAGGCACAACUCUUAGAUAUUUGAACCCACACUGCCAGAUACACCACAAAAUAAGAAUGUAAUCUAAUACACAUUCUUAUUUGACUGCAGACAGUCUAAGCAACACGUUUUUCAGUUCUUUAAAUAUUCUUUGCAAUCUUUGCAUUCAAGCCAUUCAAUACAAGGUGAAAAUUUAGUAAAUCUUUCAAAUAGUGUGCAGACAUUUACUGCUAAUGUAUAACCGAGGUUGACUUUCAUAAUAUAUGCACGCUGUUGCCUACAUACACAAGGUUGUCAGCAGAACCUCUCUUACACAAGAGAUUGUACUUUCCAAAGGAUAUAAGAACCGCUAAUAGUACAACCCAUGAGACAGCAAAGCCAGGUAUUUGUUUAUAAUCACAGUGAAGCACAUGUAGUAUCACAAGCACAUUCAGAAAUCAACUUGAACAUUAACAUCUUAAUCAAUGAUAUACUGUUUUCUAAUUAACCACACGUGGCUUGUUAAAGUAGGAGCAAUCAUAAAAAAGUAAAUCAACUGUCCUUUCUUUUUAUCCAGAGGUGUUGCCGUAUUUAUUAAGGAAUAUUUGCACUGCAGUCAAACUUAAUAAUGAAAAUAAUAAUUUAAAAAAUCUAGUUUUUUUUUUGCAAGUCUAAUGAUUAUAUUUGCAGUAGACUGUUUCCUCUCCAGCUAAAACAAUCCAGCAAUAACAUCAUUACCAAAUAAUACAGACACACUGUAACACGUGGUUACUGAGCCGAAGUUUAUCAUUUUAAUCAUGUAAACUAAUUUUGAAAAAUGUGCCUCAGUAAACCUCAAUGCUUCCAGCUCGCUGAAUGUAACAUAUGGCCUCCUGUCUGCAUGGAUAUUCAGAUGUCUUUUUCUAAAAACGUAUUGCUUUCUGAAACAGUCAUAUUUCUGCCUAUUUUUUAUUUCGUUCAUAGCCUACUUGUGCUUCAAGGGGAGUACAGCUUUUUAUUUGAAAAAAUCUGAAAGAUUUAAAGUGCUUAGUAUUGAUUCUUAGUAUAUUUUUGAGU